CACUGUGUGCUCGUGCUCACAACACGGAACCGCAGUCUGCAGACCCGAAGAGACAGGAGUAUUAUUUUGUUUUUGUUUUUUUUUUUUUGGACGGACUGUUUCAGAACCAGAGGUCAGAAUGUUCCGCUUGCGGGCGUUGUCCGCAGCUUCAGUGGGAGUACUGCAGUUGUCCCAACGGUGCUACAGCCGGACAGUGCAUGGAGCUCCUCAGAAGAGGCUGAUGCUGGCAGCUGUAGCGGGGGUAACUGGUGUGUCUGCUACUGCGGGAUUGCUUUGGACAAGAGCAUAUGCAGAUGCAGGCCCUUCGGUUCAACACUCUGAACAACCAGGCAAAGAAGAUGAAUAUGGGAGUGAUUCUGACUCGGAAUCGGCGAAAUCAGUGGAAGCGAGCAGUGGAGAAGAAGGAAAGGAUGAAGGUGGUGAUGGGAAAAAAAAGAAACCACGCUCUGGCUUCCGUGACCGCAAGGUGAUGGAGUAUGAGAACAGGAUAAGGGCCUACUCUACACCAGACAAGAUUUUUCGCUACUUUGCUACAUUGAAGGUCAUUGGAGAGCAUGGUGAUGCUGAGGUUUACAUGACACCCCAGGACUUCAUACGCUCCAUCACUCCAAAUGAGAAGCAGCCUGAGAACCUAGGAUUGGAUCAGUUUAUUGUCAAGCGCUAUGAUGGGAAGGACUUCUGGCAGACAGAGAAGAUAGCCCAGGAGAGAGAAAAGUUUGCAGAUGAGGACAGCAUAUUUUAUACACUGGGAGAAUGUGGCCUUAUCUCCUUUUCUGACUACAUCUUCCUCACCACUGUGCUGUCCACUCCACAGAGAAACUUUGAAAUUGCGUUCAAGAUGUUUGAUCUAAACGGUGAUGGAGAGGUGGACCUGGAGGAGUUUGAGCAGGUCCAGAGCAUCAUUCGUUCCCAGACCAGUAUGGGCAUGCGACACCGCGACCGCUCCACCACAGGCAACACCCUAAAGACAGCUGGCUGCAGCUCCGCUCUUACCACUUACUUCUUUGGAGAAGACCUGAGGGGGAAACUCACAAUCGGCAGCUUCCUGGAGUUUCAGAGGAAACUACAACAUGAUGUGCUCAAACUCGAGUUUGAGCGGAAUGAUCCUCUGGACGGCCGAAUCACUGAGAGACAGUUUGGAGGCAUGCUGCUGGCCUACAGUGGUGUUCAGUCUCGCAAACUCAAGCAGAUGCAGAAAGGUUUGAAGAAGAUGUUUAAAGAUGCACAGGGCAUCACGUUUGAGGAGGUGGAGAAUUUUUUUACUUUCCUGAAGAACGUAAACGAUGUGGACACGGCGCUGAGUUUCUACCACAUGGCUGGAGCUUCCAUAGAUAAAGUUACCAUGAAGCAGGUCGCCCGCACCGUGGCGAAGGUGGAGCUGUCGGAUCAUGUGUGCGACGUGGUGUUUGCGCUGUUCGACUGCGAUGGGAACGGAGAGCUUAGCAAUAAGGAGUUCAUAGCCAUUAUGAAGCAGCGGCUGAUGCGUGGGCUGGAGAAGCCCAAGGACAUGGGCUUCACUCGACUGGUGCGCGCUAUGUGGAAGUGUGCCCAGGACACCGCCUGGGACUUUACCCAUCCCAAGGACGUAGUGUCUACAGCAGGCAAGGUGUGACAUGAAGAGAGGGGUCACAGGCAAAAAAGUAAUGCAGCUGUCAUCUGUGACACACCCCAGGCCAAAUAUUUAAAAAGAGACCAUUAAAGCAAUGAGCUCAUUAAGACUGCAGCUCAGAAACAUCAUCCAUCAGCUACACAUGUUGGUUAGGUUCAAGGUUUCAGUAUGAUGGCUGAAGCAUGCUGACGCCUUCUCCCAGUCUGCAUGUCCAAGGCAUCAUGGGUAAUUGUAUAUUUGUUAUAUUUAUUUUUGCCAUAUUAUAUCAGAAACAUUGUCAGCAGUUAACUAUGAUCCUUUGUUGACACUAAAAACAGGUAUUUGUAGUUGAUAUUUUUUGCUGCAAAUGGCAAGAUAAAGAGAGUCAGUUUUGCCUGACCAGCAGUGAUAA